UGCUGCACCAAGAAGAUGGAAGAAAGCUAUCAAGCAGCUGUUCGGAGAGAGAGAAUGGAAAACAUCCAGACACUAAAUUUUGAACUGAAAUACAUGAUUGUUGGUCAUAUAACUGCUUUUCAAGCAUCCUUUGAGUCCUUGCUCCGCUUUGCCGAGAACCAUACGACCUCUCUGUUUGAGACUGUCUACAGAUCCAUGUCAAAGGAGGCAGCAGAGCCUGUCAAGGAGCUUUUUACGGACAUCUCUCUCUACCUCUUGGGUGCUCAGACCAGAGUGGAAAAAGCUUUUUUCCGGUUCUUCGACAGCCUCUUUCCUUUGGUUUACAGCCGCCUAAUAAAUCCAGGGAUUACAGAUUUGUCUGAGGAGUACACAGAAUGCCUGCGGCUAACACGGCAAGAUAUAAAUCCAUUUGGACGUUAUUCUAAAGAAACAGUUACAGAGCUGGCGAAGUCUCUCAGGGCAAGCAGAACAUUCAAUCAGGCCCUAAGUGUGGGUAUUGAAGUGCUGAAUGCUACAGAGCAUGCUGCAUUGACAAAGGAAUGCAGCAGAGCCCUAGUGAAGAUGCAGUAUUGCCCCCAUUGCCAAGGCCUGACUCUGAUACGGCCCUGUGAGGGAUAUUGCCUAAACGUGAUGAGGGGCUGCUUUGCCAGCGUGUCGGAACUGGAUGCUCCGUGGAGGGAAUAUAUUUAUACCCUGGAACAUCUCAGUAAUGAAAUGGCUGGAGCUCAUGAUCUGGAAUUGGUGCUUCUGGGUAUCCGGUAUUCGAUCAACGAGGCCAUUUUGCACGCACAGCUGAAUGGGCCACAGCUCUCUGCCACUGUUGAUAAAGUCUGUGGACAGCCUGAAGAAAAAGAAGUGAAACCUUUGCCAGACAACGUAGUUCAAGCAAAGGAGGUGAUUGAGACGCCGUCUCUCACAGUAGUGCACUCGGCUUCUCUAAACAAUAAAAGGAGUUCUCUGCCUCUGAAAGCUUCAAAGAAUGACAAAUCCAGAAGUUUGAAAAAAUUGUCCCGGGAAUUCAUCAACUACAUGAAACGAUCCAGAACUCUUUAUGCUUCUUUAACAGAAAGACUCUGUGAUGGGGAUCUUGUGAUGAAAGACAGCUCAACCUGCUGGAAUGGCGAGGAUGUUGUGGAAAGUUAUACAAGCAGAGUGGUUACCAAUGGACUAAAGGCUCAAAUUAAUAACCCAGAACUGAAGGUCAAAGGAUUGGACCCACAUAUCAGUAACCUAAUUGAAAAACUGCAACAUUUUAAUCAGUUGGCAACUGAGAGGAUAAAUUUAAAACCAGAAAGAUGGGCCAGCAGGGAAGGUGGCAGUGGGGAUGGAAUGAAUGAAGAGCUGGAAUCAAGUGGAGACUGUGAUGAUGAGGAUGGAUGUCAAGGAUCAGGUGACAGGAGCUACACAAAAGAUGUUCUUGGAGUCAUUCCAGGAGAUAAGAGUGAAUCCAAACCAACGGUGAAAAAGAUGGAUGCCACCACCACAGCCACUAUAAAAUCAUCUCCUAAGCAGAAAGUAGACAGGGAUGUGGGCAAUCAAGUUUCACCUUCCUUCCUUUUUAUUCUUACAGCCCUAGCAGUUUUGUGGGACCCUUUGUCAUAG